AUGAAACUCUUCAAGUGCCUCAGAGGGAUGGUCAUCCUCAUGUCUGUGUUCUCCGUCUGCUCAGGCCAUAGAGCAAUGACCGUUGUCUGCUCCAUCGACUGGUUGAUGGUCACAGUCCACCCAUUCUUGCUGAAUAGCGAUGUGUAUGUCCACUUCCACGAGUUAUAUUUGGGCCAGGGUUGCCCUGUCAACCACGUGGAGCCACAUAUCUACGAGUUCAUCUACCGUGUUACUGAAUGUGGCAUCAGAGCCAAGGCCAUCUCCCAGAGCACAGUUCUCUACAACACUGAGUUGUAUUAUAUUUCAAAAGCUACAUCAUCUAAACACAUUAUCCCACUGGCAUGUGCUGCCUCCCGAAAGUUCUCAUGGUUCACUCCUCCCAUUCCUGCAAAUCUACCCAGGGAGAGAGGGAUCAGAGUCCAGAAUGAUGAGACAGCAUAUGCUGUGUUCUCAUUGGCCCAGUUCACUCACCAGCCCCAAUGCGAUUGUCCACCUUUUGUUCAUAAUGAACAAGGGCAGACCUCUCAACAAGCAGAGGCUGCAGGGCCAGCCCCUACACUGGCGCCUUCCCUUAUGAAUGUACCUGAUCACUGGUGUCUUCUCUCAGAUGAUCUGCUUGGGCCCAUGUGA